ACCGAACGCACACCACACGGACCAGGAGUGAGCCGAGUAGGAACGGAACUACCCGCCAGCAACGCAUUUUACUAUAGCAUCUUGUACCGAAUGGAUCGACACGCAGUGCAAGUGAAAGACGAAUCUUAGCCGGCUCGAAUAGAUGUGCUUACGAAUUUGCAAUAGUUUAGAUAAAGGUUUUUAAGGUGAAUUUAGGGAUCUUAAUGGCAGUAUUUGUUUAUAACGUUUUGUUUAUAGAAAUUAAUCAAAACAAGGAACGAAUAGAUCGCAGUGAGUGCUAAAUCAAUCAUGCGUAAGGCCAAAUGAGUGCGUGUUAUCACUUGCGUCGGCUUAUCAGUGUGCGACGGAUUAUCGAGACAGUUGAGUGGAUCGUGGUGCUCAUCUAUUGUCGUCUAGGAAAAUCUGAUAUCCAGCACACCUCAUGUAAUACCCAAUACGAAGCGUCAUGAGCGAGACUGGAGUAGUGCAGGUCGGGCGUGCACGGUGCAAAGGGUACGCCGGUUGUUGGAAUUUGGACGCGACGCUGUUUGCCUCGAAAAUGCUCCUAAGAACCUGUGUGUGCCUGCUGUUCGCAAUUGGACCGGUUGUGUACAAGCCGGUUAGUGGCCAGUACGUAAGCUCACCUUGUCCGGAAAUUUUCUCCUACCGGAUGGAUCCGGCCACCGACACAGCGUUCGGAUAUAUCGAGCUACAAAAUUUGCGCAUCGGUCAGCUAGUUAAGCUGAACGUGGAUCUUUCGAUUGCCGUCGCUGUUCCGAAGGACAACGUGGGCUCGAUCACGCUCGUGAAAUCGCGAUCGCAAACGUUUCUCGACAUUCUAAACAAACGGCCGGCCCAGUACCGUGUGAACUUUCCCUUCACCAACAUCUACCCCCAUGUGCUGGCUAUCAGCGUGAACGGGCAAGCGAUCUGUACCGGACAAAAAGUUAAGGGCCCGAUCGUUACGACCAUCAAUCUGGAGCACACACUGUACACGCAGGUGCAGCAACUAUCGAACGGCAACCCGAACGGCAACUCACCCAACCAAUACCGACCGGAGCAGCAGCCACCGAUUGUCACCCAAGACCGGAUACAGUUGCCGGACCAACAGUUUAACACGCCACCACCGACCAUCGUCUACCAGCAGCAAUUUACCACCCAGCGACCGCCAUUCGUGUAUCAACCGCAGCAGCAACAACCAUCCGUCUAUCGACCGCAGCAGACAUCGGGGGAAUCGUUGGAAUCUGUCUGUGGUUCGGUAGGUCCCCUGGCUAGUCGACUCUCGAUCAAUGGCAUCCGCUCGAGCAAGGGUCAGUUUCCUUGGGCUGCCCCCGUCUUCAACACCGCCGAGCAACCUAAACCGCAGUACAUCUGUGGCAGUAGUAUCAUCACUAGCCAGCACGUGGUAACGGCGGCUCACUGCAUGCACUAUCCGGACGGGGCGAAGCGAGGCAACUCGCAGCUUUCCGUCAUACCGGGCAUGUACAAUAUCGACAGCUUCUUCGAUAGCGCCAACCAGGACCGGGGUGUAGUGCAGAUCAUCAUGCACUCCGAUUACUUCUUCGAGGAUACCGAGGCGACCGAUUCGGAUAUCGCCGUACUGAAGCUCGACGCACCCGUCACCUUCAACGAUAUGGUGCGACCGAUCUGCAUAUGGAGCUGGAGCGAUAAUCUGGAGCAGAUUGUCGGAGAGAAUGGAUUCGUGUCCGGUUGGGGCAUCACGGAGUCGGGAAACUCCAAGUUCCCAAGCUUUGUCACGGCCACCGUCGUUGAUAAGCGGGAUUGCUCGCGCCAGCUGGGUCGAUUUGUGCCACCGAAGGCCCGAACGUUCUGUGCCGAUGGUCAUGGUGCCGUCCCGUGCAAUGGUGAUUCCGGUAGUGGUUUAGCGUUCAAGCGUGGUACACGCUACUACCUGCGGGGCAUCGUCUCGACUGGUCAACGAGACAUGAUCACACUGCUGUGCGAUACUAAGAAGUAUGUCGUGUACACCGAUGUGGCACCGUUCCGGUACUGGUUGAGUCGUGUUGUCAAAGGUUGAAUCGCAAGUCAAGAUAUCGUACAAUGCACUCGUUUGCAAGCGAAUCCGAGCUUACCGAAAUGAAAUGAAAGAUUGGAAGGGUGCAGCAGUAGCACUGAUUUACUAUUCAUUUUAUUGCUAUCCUUUAGAGGCAAUGAGCCUUUGAAUAGUGCUGCUCGGAUUCUAAAUCAUAUUUAUUCCGCCUAUAAAGGAUCGACGAUGUAAGCAAGGGCUGCUUAUGAAACAAUGAGACACCUACAGAUACAUUGUAGUUGCUGCUAAUCUUUGUAAGAUUGUUUUGUUCAUGUAAUAAAAAUGAAAAUUUAAAUAGUAGACACGAUUGUU